AUCUAGUUGAUCAUAAAGAUGCAAUAAACCAUUCAUCCAGUCGUUGCAUUUUAUCAACAAAAACAUUAUUAGUACUUGCCUUCGAACAAUCUCUUGAUCACAAAUGGACGCUUCUUUUGCCAAUAAGGCCAUGAUCUUCCUAAUUUGGCUUAUAGCUCUGAUCACUUUUUUCCCAUCUGCUUGGGUUGAAGCUGGAUGCAGCGAAGAACAGAACAGAGCUCUGUUGGAGAUCAGAAACUCUACACAUGGUCUACCAUUCGCCGAUUUUGACGGGAGUCGUGAUUGUUGUUCGACAUCUAAUAUCGUGUGUGACGAUGAUGGGAAAGUAAACAUAAUCUUUAUGCAAGACGACUACGUGAAGCCGCCGUCAAUAUUCAAAUGGUAUCCGAAUGUGACUUUGUUCACCUUAUUCAAUGAACUGGAGUUUCUUGACCUUAGCAGCAUGACCAUUGGAGGAGAGCUUCAAGCUUUUUGUGAACUGAAGCGAUUAAAACAUCUCAGUAUGUUGGACCUUAGGAAUAAUACAUUGGAAGGCAAAUAUUCCAUCUUGUCUUGAGAGGUUUGAAAACCUUGAAUAUCUUGAUCUAUCGGAUAAUCGCUUGCA